CAUAUAUCAGUCUUAUAUCAUAUAGUAUAUCUUUUUAGUACUAUUAAUUACAAAGUUUGAAAAAUAGAAUGGCUAUAGGAAAUCUUGAGGUAGAUGUGGAAGUAAAGAGUAAUCCAGACAAGUUCUGGAAUAGCAUUAGGGAUUCAGAUAAGUUAUUUCCUCAAGCUUUUCCUGAGCUAUACAAAAGCAUUGAGAUUCUUGAAGGUGAUGGUAAAGCUGUUGGAUCUGUUCGUUUCGUCAAAUUUGCUGAAGGACUUCCAUUUCCUGUAACGAAAUCGAAGGAGAAGGUUGAAGUCGUGGAUGAGGCAAAGAAGACGGUAGGGUACUCCAUCCUAGAAGGCGAGGUGCUCGACUUCUACAAGAGUUUCAAGGCACAACUUGUAGUGGAGCCAAAGGGGGAAGGAAGCUUGGUGAAAUGGUCAUGUGAGUUUGAGAAGGCAAAAGAAGAUGCCCCUAAUCCUGAAAUCAUCUUCAAGGAGUUUGCUGUUAAAACUUUCAUGGACCUUGAUGAACAUCUCCUUAAGGCUUGAUUAAUUAUAUUAUAUGCUCCAUAUCAUACCAUAUGUACUACUACUAUAAAGUAACAAAAUCAAAAUUUCAACCCCUAGAGAAUAAAUACGUUGUCACCUAAUUUGCAUUAUAUGUAGACAUCAAGUUUGAUUAUGGAGUAUUAAUUUUAAUUA